AUGUCCAAGAGCGCCUACGUCGGCCACCUGCCCCAGGGCACCAGCAAGCAGGAUCUCGAGGACCACUUCAAGACCUUUGGUCGUGUGGUCGAGGUGCGCUUGAUGUCCAACUUUGGAUUUGUCGAGUUUGAGACGACCGACGAUGUCGAGGCUGCCUGCCGCGGCCUUGACGGCAAGGACUUUAUGGGCGAGAGGCUCAUUGUUGAGCGCGCGCGUGACUCGCGCCGCCGUGACACUUGGGACCCGAUGGGUCGCCCUCCUCCUCGUGCUGCUCCCCGCGGCCGCGGCGUCCGCGUCUCGGUCAUUGGCAUUAAUCAGUCGACCAGCUGGCAGGACCUCAAGGACUUCGGUCGUCAAGGCUGCGAGAACGUCAUGUACGCCGACAUCGACCACUAUUCGGGCGACGGUGUCAUCGAGUUCCCUAGCAUGGCAGACGCUGAGGACGCGAUCAGGCGUCUCCAAGGAGCUGAGAUCCAGGGCACGCCUGUCAAGCUUGAGAUCAAGCCAGAUGGAGGCCCUCGUGACGACCGUGGCCCGCCUCCCCGCGACUUCGGCCGCUACGACGACCGGCCGCCUCGCCGUGACUUUGACCGUUACGACGACCGCCCUCCUCGCCGCGACUUUGACGACCGCGACCGCCGCUACGGCGACCGUCCCCCGCGCCGUGACUUUGACCGCUAUGAUGACCGUCGUGGCGGUUACGACGACCGCCGCGGUGGAGGCCAUGACGACCGUCGUGGUGGCGAUCGCGACCGCUCGCCGCCUCGUCGUGAGCGCGACUACCCUCCCCGUGACUGA